AUGAUCAUCACAUACGGCACAAUCGGCACCAACUGGAUCACCGACUCCUGGGUCAUCGCAGCACAGAAAGCAGGAGGAUGGCAGCUCGACGCAGUCUACUCCCGCAGCAAAGAGCAAGCAGAGAAGUUCGGCAAGAAGUACAGCGUCACAAACUUUUACACAUCUCUCGACGACCUCGCCGCCAGCAGCAUCCAAGCCGUCUACAUCGCUUCCCCGAACAGCCUCCACUAUGAGCAAGCAAAGCAAAUGCUCCUUGCAAAGAAACACGUCCUCCUCGAAAAGCCGGCCACAUCCACAGUGGCCGAACUCGAUGAUCUCUUCCGGAGGGCAAAAGAGCAGGGUGUAUACUUGAUCGAAGCGUUCCGACAUAUUCAAGAAGCGAACUACAAAUUGCUCAAGAAAGCGAUCAACGAUGAGAGAAGAUUAGGGCCCAUUUAUGGCGCCUCCUUCACCUACGCCUCCUACAGCAGCCGCUACAACAACGUCCUCGCCGGCGAAACACCCAACAUCUUCUCCCUCGACUUCUCCGGCGGAUCGCUGGUUGACAUAGGAGUCUACCCUGUCACUUUCGCAGUCGCGCUCUUCGGACCUCCCAAAUCGACAACGUACGUCCCCUUCAUCGCGGCAACAGGUGUAGACGGUGGAGGCGUGGGGAUUCUCCACUACGAUGGCUUUGGUGUGCAGAUCAACCAUUCCAAGGGAUAUCGGAGCACGAGUCCUUGUGAGGUGUAUGGAGAGAAGGGGACGAUUACGGUUAAUGGGACGACCGACAUUAGUUCUGUGAAGCAUUGGAGUCCGAAGACGAAGGAGAUCGAAGAGUUGGCGGGAGGUUAUAAGACUGCUGAGAAGCCGAAUGUGAACAUGGAAGAGGAAGCCAUCGAGUUCGCACGGAUCAUCAACGAGAAGGAUACCAAAGCGUUGGAAGAGUUGGAGACCAUCUCAAGAAAUGUCAUCAAAGUCACAACGCAUAUGAGAAGGCAGGGUGGGAUCGUGUAUCCUGCGGAUAAGAAGUGA